AUGAAUCAAGCUCUGGGACUUACACAUCUCCCCGGAUCACAGCAACAGAAGGGCCGUCCCAUUUUCUCUGAGGAAUCAAUAAUUCUUGAGGCAAACGACCAGCUUACGGCUUCACCACCGGCUCCCUCAAAUACCCAGCUUAGUGAACAAAGCCUGGAUAGUUUAUUCGGCGACGAUGGGACGUUCGAGCUAUCAUGGGAAAAUCAUCUAAUGGAUACCCUGCCCCAGGAGUACCGACCUUCCUCCUACAGAAAUGAACAGAAUGCGUCGGACCCGCCGAGCAACAUUCCAGAAACUCUCCAGGGCGGCGAUAAGGAUAAGCUUCAAACUUCCUCCGAGGAUGUGGAGGAUAUAAACUCCCCGCUUGUUAAUCCAGUGGGUAAUCAAUACGAGUCUGACUGUCGAAAAAGGCCAUUUGAUGACGAUAGCACUGGGCCGACUAAUUCUACUCUCGAAAAUUUUACACCACCCACAAAGAAACUGCACGUCGAGCAGACCUCCCCCUUCGAUGAAUUACCAGAUAGUGCCACGAUUACAUCGAGUUAUCGCGAGUGGGAAAAUUUCCAAUCCGCAAGUGCUGUUGCUUUACCUCCUGAUUUCACACUGCCAGACCUCACUGAGAUCCCCGAGUUCUUGUCCGUUUUCGAAUCCCCCACUGGAUUUGACUUCGACAUCUUAAACACCGCUAGAUCCGCGGACUAUGGAAGCUCUCAUGACCUAGACAUCUUUUCAUCUUCUAAUACGGUAUAUAAUUCCGUACCACCAAACAAUCAAAUAGCCGAAGUCGACCAUGACAAAAAUCCUGGUUCAUGCGCGUCAGGUCGUGAUUCCGAAGAUUCACAAACAGUUAGACAGGAUUCAGAGACCACUACUAGCACACCCCGUCCUUCAAUUUGUUCUUCUAUGACGCCUUUCUCCGCUGAUUUGUACGACCUUCAUGAUUCUGCCAAGCCACAUUCUGAACGGGAGUUGUCUCUUGAUUCUCUGUUUGGGGGUACUGCCCCAAUCUCUGCUCCUGCACAUGAAAAUGUCUCUGAAACCAAUUCGGCUCAGCAUCGAGAGGAAGACUGCUCACCACAGGAUGUGACCGCUAUCCAAUUCGUCGAAAACGAUAUCACCAAAAAUUUUCGUCUUGAAAAGGAGGAUAUACUUGCCACCCGCUAUCGAGAAAUUUUUCGUCAUGUUCCGAAGCCUCAGGGAUAUAUCUCUCCCUAUCCCAAAUACCGCGGGCCAUUGGGGUAUUUUCCUUCUGCUCCAGCAACACAUGCUAGAUGUAUUGAGGUUGCUCCAGACGAUAUGGCAGAGCGACUAGAGGACUGCCGUCGCAAACUCCGAAAGGUUAGUUCUGAACAACGCAGGUACAAAAAUGUGUGGGUUGAAUGGAAAACUGUCGACCCUCUAACCGGGAGAACUAAGGAACAGACGUUGAAAGAAGAGCCUUUCCGUCUAAAGCGGGCCCUUCUAGCUCAAGAAAGGAAGGCCGAAGAGUUUAGAAAGCAAGCUGAAGACUGGUGUGGCCAAUACAACAACCUCGCCUUGGCAUACAACGGACUAGUGCAGCAUUUACACCUACUCCAAGCGGCCCAGAUCCCUGGGCGCCCGCCACCAGUUGCAUACCCUCCCCCUGGACAUCCGACCCCAGUGCCAUCACCACAGCCGGAACUUGUUAUAUCAGACUCAUCCGUUAACCUACCACCCGACCCCUCAGAAACAGCCCAGGCUACAUCUCAGCCAACUCCCAUCACCAUCGAUUUGACUGGUGAGGAGCCCACGAACCACAUUAGUAACGACGCGGCUUCCGUUUCAUCCAUUGCUGAGGAACAUUCCAGAAACCAUGUUGCAGAACAACUUCGAAAUGCCAUGCGUCGCAAAGAAUAUCACUGGCUCGGAAACAAAAACGGUCCCCCGAGGCGUAUACUGCCAGCACCUCCCCUUCUAGGCCAAGGCUCAAGGCAAGAAUCGGGGCACACGCCUGGUAAAGAUCUGUCAACCACAGUGCCGGUUUUCUCUGCCACAGGAGCCACCUCGGGUGGCCCUACAAAUUCUGAAGCGACGACCGACCGACUGCAACUUGACUGUAAUGAUAAUAACGAUGAGCUGGCCCAAGCACUAGAAGCAGAACUAGAGCGCGGCAUAUCAAUAGAAAGCUAG